AUGCACCACGACCUCCUCGACACCGUCGAAACGCACGGCAGGGAGGGCAUCCUCCAGCUCGUUCUCAGGGCCGUCCAGAAUUACGAGAGCAUCGUGUGCAACUUGCGAAUGUCGCCGCAACAGGUGAUUCACAACAUAUACACGCUGGUCGCUCUUGCCGAGCUCAAAGGAUACGCAAUGAUGCAGUACUCGCUCACUUUGCAACGCUAUUUCACGAAUGGUAUACACUUUUCUUGAAUAAAAAUAAGAAAAUUAGGUAAUAAUAAUUUUCCAGAGACUUUUCACGCGGAGGAAGAGUUGCUACGCGAGACGACGGAGCAGAGAUCGAUGGAAAAGGUGGCGGCGACGAUCGCGGCGAUGAAGACUUCUGGUCGCCAAGUGUGGCGAUGCGACCCUGAGAAACACGUGGAAAACGAGACCUUCGUCCAGCUGACCGAGCUGCUGCAGGGUUACGUGCAGAACGAGCGCGACCUCAACUCUGAUCAGGCGUGCACGAGCACCUGUGGAUAUUACACCUACACUAAGGUCUUCAGCUGCAGCGAUGCCGAGUUGUGUUACAGACAGCGUUUGUGCAGAGGCAAGGUGGUCAAGUGCGAGCCGCUGGGCAUGUCCGGCAGCGUGUGUCUGUCCGAGCAGCGCCACCGGCGUUACGACCGGCUCGUGUUCUCGGACACGAGAGGCUCGGUGCCCAAGUGCUCUACGCCGGCCGUGCUUCUAAAUAGUUGGUACCAGUUGCUGCUGCUCAAGAAGUGCAGCUACUGCUUCUGCGUGUGCGACGAGGACGGACCCUACUCGGACAGGCACUUCAGCUUGAGGCCCGCCGUGUCCGACGUCGACGCCGGUUUUGUCGUCAUUGGAGUUAGGAUCGUUAAGCUCAACAGGGUCCUCCACCUCCAGGUACAGCAGGCUAAGGUGGAGGUUUCAGGGCUGUUGGUCAACGUGAGCAGUGCGGAGUGGGCGCCAGUCGAGGCGUUCAGCUUGGAGAGUGCAAAAAAGAACGUCGACUUCCACCAAAUGGGCUUCUUUGAUCGCGCCUUCGACCUCGACGUGUUGGUGGCGCCGCCCGGAUACGUGCUCACGGGCAUCCGCUUCCGGCGCAUCGGCACCCACCUCAAUCCUGAAAUCAGGGUGACGCCCAUCGACCUGCGGCAGGGAAUCCUGAGCGCGAGCAUGUCGAUCUGGUUCGGCAACGACAACACGGCGAGCGCCGUGCAACUGCCGCGAACGCGUCUGGAGCUUCCGUCCCUGGACCUGCCUUCGAGGGCCGCGUGGCGCAGCCGGGCCCACCUCGACUCAGACCGCUUCCUCUACUUCGAACACUCGGACGUGUACUCGGACGCCGCUCAGUCGACGGUGCCAUUCGUGGACGCGCAGUCGGUGGCGCCUCGGCCGCCGGUGCUGCUCUCUGGCGCCGGCACGGUGCACAGGGGCGCCAAGGGCUCUGCCGGAUUCGUCGGCCUCCGCGUCGUCACCUACGACUUUGGACAGCUGCUCGCACUCGGCCUGCCUGAAGGUGCGGCUGAUUCUUCGACUUCGAAACCACUCAGUGCAGGCGAAUUCGUCAAGGCUGCUAAGAUGAAAAAGGGUCGCUUCAAUUGA